UUAACACUGGUGUGGAUGUCAAUGUGCAUCGUGUAAAUGGUGACCCUUUGUACCUUGCCAUACAAAAUGGUCACUUAGGGGUGGUGAAACUGCUGGUGAAAACAGGAUUUGAUCUGGAUAACCAGAAAGGUCUUAGAUUUGCUUCUAUGAGCCAGAACAAGGACAUGCUAGACUUUCUUUUAGACAGAGGAGCACAGGUUGAUGGUGAUGUUGUAAACAGUGCUUGUGAGGUGGGGAACUUGACUAUGGUCAAAAUGUUAUUUGAGAAGGGUGCUACUGUUGACAUGAUGUCAUCUAAUGGAGAAACUCCUCUUCACAGCUCAUGUAGACGACAGUCAGAUGUUAUGUCAUUUCUGCUGGCGAAAGGAGCAAGUGUGAAUCAACUUUCAUCUGAUACAGGUGACUCACCACUUCAUACAGCAGCACAUCAGGGAUAUACAGUGUGUGUCAAUGUCUUACUGAAGGCCGAGGCUGAUGUGAAUGUACAGAAUAAUACAGGUGACACACCACUUCAUACAGCAGCAGAUGAAUUCUUUAGAUCUACAGAGUGUGUUGAAGAGUUACUGAAGGCAGGGGCUGAUAUGAAUGUACAGAACAAUACAGGUGACACGCCACUUCAUAAUGCAGCAGUGUGGGGAUCUACAGAGAAUGUUGAAGAAUUACUGAAGGCCGGGGCUGAUGUGAAUGUACCGAAUACUACAGGUGACACGCCACUUCAUAAUGCAGUAGUGAUGGAAUCUACAGAGAAUGUUGAAGAGUUACUGAAGGCCGGGGCUGAUGUGAAUGUACCGAAUACUACAGGUGACACGCCACUUCAUAAUGCAGUAGUGAUGGAAUCUACAGAGAAUGUUGAAGAGUUACUGAAGGCCGGGGCUGAUGUGAAUGUACAGAAUACUACAGGUGACACGCCACUUCAUAAUGCAGUAGUGAGGGAUUGUACAGAGAAUGUUGAAGAAUUACUGAAGGCCGGGGCUGAUGUGAAUGUACAGAAUAAUACAGGUGACACACCACUUCAUGCAGCAGCAUUGUUUGGAUCUACAGAGAAUGUUGAAGAGUUACUGAAGGCCGGGGCUGAUGUGAAUGUACAGAAUACUACAGGUGACACGCCACUUCAUAAUGCAGUAGUGAGGGAAUCUACAGAGAAUGUUGAAGAGUUACUGAAGGCCGGGGCUGAUGUGAAUGUACCGAAUACUACAGGUGACACGCCACUUCAUAAUGCAGUAGUGAUGGAAUCUACAGAGAAUGUUGAAGAGUUACUGAAGGCCGGGGCUGAUGUGAAUGUACAGAAUACUACAGGUGACACGGAACCUCAUAAUGCAGCAGUAAGGGAAUCUACAAACUGUGUUGAAGCGUUACUGAAGGCCGGGGCUGAUGUGAAUGUACAGAAUACUACAGGUGACACGCCACUUCAUGCAGCAGCAGCAGCAGCAGGGUGGGGAACUGCAGAGUUUGUUGAAGAGUUACUGAAGGCUGGGGCUGAUGUGAAUGUACGGAAUAAUAGAGGUGACACGCCACUUCAUGCAGCAGCAGCAGAAGAAGGGUGGGGAUCUGGGGAGUCUGUUGAAGUGUUACUGAAGGCCGGGGUUAAUGUGAAUGUACAGAAUAAUACAGGUGACACGCCACUUCAUGCAGCAGCAGCAGCAGCAGCAUGGUGGGGAUCUGCAGACUAUGUUGAAAUGUUACUGUUGUCCGGGGCUAAUGUGAAUGUACUGAAUAAUACAGGUGACACACCACUUCAUGCAGCAGCAGCAGGAGCAGGGUGGGGAUCUACAGAGGGUGUUGAAGGGUUACUGAUUGCCGGGGCUGAUGUGAAUGUACAGAAUAAUACAGGUGACACGCCACUUCAUAAAGCAGCAGUGAGGGGAUCUACAGAUUGUAUUGAUGUAUUACUGAAGGCUGGAGCUGAUGUGAAUAUACAGAAUAAUACAGGUGACACACCACUUCAAAAGCAGCAGAGAUUAGAGUGGCUGAAGUUGUUGAAUAUGGCCGAGAUGAAGAAAGGUCAAAGUGACACAGACAGUGAAGAAUGUACACCAGCAAAGUGCAGGAGGCAAAGCAAUGAUGAGGACAACCCGCCUGGAACCACUGACGGAUCAGGAAGUACUGUGGAGGAUUCAGGAAAUAAAGAUGUUGAUGAAGAGAGUGUUGACGAAUGUUUGUUUGGUGACAUGACAGUUGAAGAAGAGGGAGAUGAAAUCGAAGAUAUGUAUGAACUUGGAGCAUGUGCUACAAAGGUCAAAUUCCAGACGGUUCAACAACAGUCGUACCAACUUGUAGGUAAAGACACCACGGUACUAGCACAACACAUUGUGGGAUGUUGUCAGCAACCACAGGGAGAGGUAAUGUCGGCACCACAGCAGGGGACACAACUCCAGCAAGCUUCAGCUGCUGAUGUUGAUCAGACAACAAGUCGGACACAGAUGUCAACAACUACGUCUUGUGUAGUCCCCGAAACAACUGUUGUACAAGUCCCGAGAACAGCAGCACUGACACCAGCGUCCACAUCCACUCUUCUACCCAGAAUACCAGGAUCUGUUGUAUCAGAGAUACAGUCAUCAGGGCCACCUGGGGUACCAGUGCCUGUGCAUUCUCCCGCAGUUGUCCAGUACAACUAUUUCUACGUACGGCAGAAUUUUGAGGAUGUGACAGUCAGGGGCGCCAGGAAUCUGAACAUUGGCGGAACCCAGAACAUUAGAGGAACACAGAACGAUGGUGCACCUCGGACCAACCAGGAAGAGGAGAAACAACUGACUGCAGCACAGAAGAUCAGGAAAAGAACGGAAUCCAGGAUACAGUCGUGGACUAAAGACAUGGUGGAGACAGAAGGCCUGCAGAAGGUGACAGACAAGCUAGACAGAGGAGCAACAUGGGUGACAAUUAAAGGAAGACCAGGAGAGGGGAAGUCUACAAUAGCCUACAUGGCUCUCAAAGAUCAGCACACUCAGGGAAGACAAGUGUAUCAGGUGGUGUCACCGGAGGAGUUCAAUGAGGUCAUAACGGCCAGCACUAACCCUGUCAUUAUGUUAGAUGACAUAUUUGGUGAUCUGGAAUUUGAUGUAGCAGAAUGGGCCAAGUGGAGACCAAGUCUACAACCUUUUGUGGAUGUGAAAGAUCCUGAUAAAUAUACAGAAAAAGAUUCCAUAGACAAGUCCACUGAUAUCAAAAAUGUUUUAAAGAGAACAAAAGAUGAGCAAACAGAGCUGAAAAGAACAGCGCCUAACAAAGACCAAACUAUCAUUAUCCUCGUAGGCCGUGAUUAUGUGUUGAAAUCCUCAUUGUCAGACUUGGGAAAGAUGGCAGAUUACAUAUCUAGUCCCCUGUAUGUGGUGGAAGUUUCUUCUCAGAGAGACUCUAAUGAACGAAGGAAGAUUUGGCAUGUUCAUGUCAAAACAAAGACAAAGAUGGACUUUGAUGAGUCAACUGUGUCUCAGAUAUGUCAGGCUGACUGUCCACACGGCUUUCCCCAUGUAUGUAAAAUGUUUGUAGCGACAUAUGGAAAGGAUCAGACGCAACCUUCAGCAGAGACUGUUUUAGAUUUUUUUAAAAUGCCUCUUGUGUUCCUCAAAAAGACUUUGGAUAAAAUUCUUAAGGAUAAGAUAAAGCGUUCACUGUUCAUGGCUAUGAUUAAAAGAGAUGGGAAGGUUAGUGGACAGGAGUUGGAGGAGGAUGAUAAUCUUGCAUAUGAAAGCAUAACAGCUGCUGAUGAUUUGGUUGGAUCUUAUCUCAAGAAGGAAGAUGACACAUACAUGUUUGACCAUCCCUCUAUAUAUGACAGUGUUGCUUUAAUACUCAGUACAAAACAACCAAAGUUUGUCAUCGAAAAUUGUAGUUUGUCAUUCAUCCAUCAGCGACUUUGUCUUAAACCAUCCACAACACAAGGGGAAAAUGUUCCUAGUGAGACAGGUCUUGUUGCAAACAUCUCAUGGACCUUUGCUGGACAUUUAGCCAGAAGAUUUGCAACCGAAAUUGCGAGAAGAAAUUUGUUGCAUGUCUUAUCGCACGAGGCAUGUUGUAAUUCAGAGUUUAUUGACUUGCUCAUGGACUGUCUGAAGACACCCUGUCAGAUGUCUGUUCCUGAUAUUCUGAAACUAGCUGAUAUUUCUUCAGGACAAUCAUUUUGUGAAUUGCUUUCAAGCAACAAGUCACAUCAUCUGAUAAAAGUUAUUAUGGAGAAAGAAAACAUAUCAUUCAGCCAAUGUGAAAUACGUGACAUUUUACUUGGGGUGUGCAAGAAUGCUGCUUGUAGUGUAUUGACCUACAUCAGUGGACACAUGAAGCUUGACAUGGAUGCUAGAUAUGGUUGGUUUAAAAUAACUCCGAUCAUGUUUGCAGCCCAAACCAAAGACAGCGAGUUUGUCGAUCAGAUUCUGGCCCUUGCCCCUGACCUGAAUGCAUGCGAUAACCUAGGAGAUACUGUCUUUCAUUACCUUUGCAGGUAUGGCCUUACAUCAGCCGUGGAGCAAGCAAUUAACACGGGUGCGGAUGUCAAUGAGCAUCGUGUAAAUGGUGACCCUUUGUACCUUGCCAUACAAAAUGGUCACUUAGGGGUGGUGAAUCUGCUGGUGAAAACAGGAUUUGAUCUGGAUAACCAGAAAGGUCUUAGAUUUGCUUCCAUGAGCUAUAACAAGGACAUGGUAGACUUUCUUUUAGACAGAGGAGCACAGGUUGAUGGUGAUGCUGUAAACAGUGCUUGUAAGGUGGGGAACUUGACUAUGGUCAAAAUGUUAUUUGAGAAGGGUGCUACUGUUAACAUGAUGUCAUCUAAUGGAGACACUCCUCUUCACAGCUCAUGUAGACGACACUCAGAUGUUAUGUCAUUUCCGCUGGCGAAAGGAGCAAGUGUGAAUCAACUUUCAUCUGAUACAGGUGACGCACCACUUCAUACAGCAGCACAUCGGGGAUAUACAGUGUAUGUCAAUGUGUUACUGAAGGCUGGGGCUGAUGUGAAUGUACAGAAUAAGACAGGUGACACACCACUUCAUACAGCAGCACAUCGGGGAUAUACAGUGUGUGUCGAUGUGUUACUGAAGGCUGGGGCUGAUGUGAAUGUACAGAAAAAUACAGGUGACACGCCACUUCAUACAGCAGCACAUCGGGGAUAUACAGUGUGUGUCGAUGUGUUACUGAAGGCAGGAGCUGAUGUGAAUGUACAGAAAAAUACAGGUGACACGCCACUUCAUACAGCAGCAGGAAGGUGGGGAUCUGCAGAGUGUGUUGUAGUGUUACUGAAGGCUGGGCCUGAUGUGAAUGAACAGAAUAAGACAGGUGACACACCACUUCAUACAGCAGCAGCAGGGUGGGGAUGUGCAAUGGCUGUUGAAGUGUUACUGAAGGCUGGGCCUGAUGUGAAUGUACAGAAUAAUACAGGUGACACACCACUUCAUACAGCAGCAUUUUUUGGAUCUAAAAACUGUGUUGAAGUGUUACUGAAGGGUGGGGCUGAUGUGAAUGUACAGAAUAAGAUAGGUGACACACCACUUCAAACAGCAGUAGCAGGGUGGGGAUCUGCAAUGUGUGUUGAAAUGUUACUGAAGGCUGGGGCUGAUGUGAAUGUACAGAAUAAGACAGGUGACACACCACUUCAUACAGCAGCAGCAGAUGAGGAAUAUACAGUGUGUGUCAAUGUGUUACUGAAGGCAGGGGCUGAUGUGAAUGUACAAAAUAAUACAGGUGACACACCACUUCAUACAGCUGCAGACAGUGGAUCUACAGAGUGUAUUGAAGUGUUACUGGAGGCUGGAGCUGAUAUGAAUGUACAGAAUAAGACAGGUGACACACCACUUCAUACAGCAGCAAAGAGUGGAUCUACAGAGUGUAUUGAAGUGUUACUGGAGGCUGGAGCUGAUAUGAAUGUACAGAAUAAGACAGGUGACACACCACUACUGAAGGCUGGAGCUGAUGUGUCACACACCACUUUGUAAAACAGCAUAGCAGGGAUGUGCAGAGUGUGUUUAGCGAAGAUUUUAUUCCAUGUCAUAGUUCCCCAUUCAUUACACACUGGUAAAUACGUCUCAGAUUUCAUCAGUAUAUAUAUAGUUAUGGGCGUGGCUAUGUAGCCUGGUGGGUAAGGUGUCUGCUCCUGUGGACUGGGUUUGACUUCCUGGAAAGUGUUCAGCAGAAUCUCAGCUGCUGUCAAAUUAUACCCACAUAGUUAGACGAGAAGCAUUGACAAAUCGUACCCACCUACUCGCUGCUGCUCUACACUCUCUUACUCCAUGCGUUGUACCUGUCAAAUAGUCAUUUUGUUUUGAGUGAGUGAGUGAGUGAGUAUGGUUUUACGCCGCUUUUAGCAAUAUUCCACCAAUAUUACGGCGGGGGACAUCAGAAAUGGGCUUCACACAUUGUACCCAUGUCGGGAAUCGAGCCCGUUUUUUUGGCGUGACGAGCGAACGCUUUAACCACUAAGCUACCCGACCGCCGCUUAUUUUGUUUUGGCAAUGUUUACAUCAUUCUGUGGUUUGUAAAUCACUCACUCUCUCCCUAGCCGAUAACCACGAACCCUUAAACUUCUAUUUCUGCAAGUACUUGAUCACAUUUCGUUCCUGGAUCACCUUUCGCUUCCAAAAGUCAGAGACUGGUGCUUAUUUUACCGAUUUCUCAAAGGGAAACGAUUUCCCUAGCUGACUCAAACUUCUUGUGGAUAUACCCCAACGACAUCAUGUCUAUGACAAAGGAUUUCUCUGUUUCUAAGUUCCGUCUGUGAGGCUAAGAACUUGUCAAUUAACCCCUGUAGGACUAAAAAGAAAUACAUUGACUCCCUGGUGUAACGUACAGACUAUAGUACGAAUGUAGUGUAGUUGCAACCUUCAACAUGUCCGUCUAGCUUCUGUAGACUCCCUGGUGUAAUGUACAGAAUAUAGUGUGAAUGU